AAUGCAAAAUUCGCGACUCUAAAAAGAUGUGCUAGUGCAAAAUUUAUGACAAAUAACUCCAUGUUUUGUGCGUCACUUGAUAAUUGCGUGGAAAAAUCAUGGCGUUGUGUCAGCGCUACUGAAUACAAGUGGAGUUCCCGUGACUGUUAAAUAGAGAAUUGAGUUUAAAGUGUAAUGCUUUGCAGCAUUUUGUAUGUUAUUGCUACAAAGAAUUUUUAUCGUGAGUUAUUCGAGGUGAAGAAUUUAUCGUGUAAGGACUCACCAUAACCAAUAUUAUAGCAAACUAAAAUGCGUGAAUACAAGAUUGUGGUCUUAGGAAGUGGAGGUGUGGGAAAAUCAGCACUUACUGUGCAAUUUGUGCAGGGUAUAUUUGUUGAAAAAUAUGAUCCAACAAUAGAAGACAGUUAUAGAAAGCAAGUAGAAGUAGAUGGACAGCAAUGUAUGCUUGAAAUAUUAGAUACUGCAGGAACUGAACAAUUCACUGCCAUGAGAGAUUUAUAUAUGAAGAAUGGACAGGGUUUUGUGCUGGUAUAUUCCAUAACAGCUCAGUCUACAUUUAAUGAUUUACAAGAUUUGAGGGAGCAAAUUUUAAGAGUAAAGGAUACUGAUGAUGUUCCCAUGGUGCUAGUGGGGAAUAAGUGCGACUUAGAAGAUGAACGUGUGGUUGGCAAGGAUCAAGGAGUUAAUUUAGCUCGUCAAUUUAAUUGCGCUUUUAUGGAAUCAUCUGCCAAGGCAAAGAUAUUUGUUUAUGAUAUAUUUUUUGAUCUUGUUCGGCAAAUAAAUAAAAAGUCUCCAGAAAAGAAACAGAAACAGAAAAAGAAAUCUAUUUGUUCACUUUUGUAAAAGAUGAAGAAAUUAUAUAAAUAUAUAAAUAUAUAAUUAUUGUCAGACACAAAGACGUAAUAUUAUUGACAGUUAUUACAA